UCACGCACCUCGCCAAAUCCAACUCGCUGAGCCCUUUCCGAAUCCGUCGAGACGCAAAUCCCCCGGCUGCUCCUGACUGUUUCCCGGAUCUCGCCCGUAUCUUCACCUCAACAGCAGCUGCUUCAAGCCAUCAACAACGAGCGCGAACAAGAACCGCCGAGAUUUCAAUCAUCAAUCAACACAUAAUCACAGCACAAUGGCGUCCAAGUUCCUGAGAGAGUACAAGCUGGUCGUUGUCGGUGGCGGUGGUGUCGGUAAAUCUUGCUUGACCAUCCAAUUGAUCCAGAGCCAUUUCGUCGACGAGUAUGACCCUACGAUUGAAGAUUCCUACCGCAAGCAGUGCGUCAUUGACGAGGAAGUCGCCCUGCUCGAUGUUCUCGACACCGCCGGCCAGGAAGAGUACUCCGCCAUGCGCGAGCAGUACAUGAGAACGGGAGAGGGAUUCCUGCUUGUCUACUCCAUCACCUCGCGCCAGAGCUUCGAGGAAAUCACCACAUUCCAACAGCAGAUCCUCAGAGUCAAGGACAAGGACUACUUCCCCAUGGUCGUUGUCGGCAACAAGUGCGAUCUGGAGGGCGAGAGAGAAGUCACACGACAAGAGGGAGAGGCUCUUGCCAAGUCAUUUGGAUGCAAGUUCAUCGAGACAUCAGCCAAGUCUCGCAUCAACGUCGACAAGGCUUUCUACGAUAUUGUCCGCGAAAUUCGUCGAUACAACCGAGAGAUGCAGGGCUACUCUACCGGCAGUGGUGGCGCCUCUGGCAUCAACGGACCCCCGAAGCCCAUGGACGUCGAGGGUGGUGAGCAAGAGGCAGGCUGCUGCUCCAAGUGCGUAAUAAUGUGAGCGGUCUUUUUUCGACUUCGACCUGGAGAGAGAGCGCGCGCAAUGGAGAGAGCGAGAGAGCAAGAGGGAGAGGGAUGGUGGCGAACCAAGCGGCUAGAGAGUCGUGAGAUACCUU